AUGGCCUUGGACCACUUGGUCUCCCAUCGUCUCCUGUGGUCUCCUAUGGUCGACAGGGACCGCAAGAGCAUGCAGAACGUGGCUGAAAGGGCGGGUCCCCGAGUUUGUGUGCCAAGGAAUGGCCUAGGGGCAAGUGGUGAUCCUGCUUCGACGGCGUCGUCGAUGGACGUCACAUUUAGCACCCAUCUUCUUCAGGAAAACGGUGCAGCGCGGCGCAGGCACCAGAUGCUGUGCAACCUGUGA